AUGUCCCAAAAGGCUGAAAUAACUAAACAAGAUGGCGCAGAAGGUGAACAUGAAGUGAGAGUGUCGUCAUCUGGUACUUCAGUCUCACUAAAAACAGAGGAAAGUGGACCAUCAGCAGAGGCAACAUCGUCAACAACUUUAGGCACACACUCUUCUGAAGUUGUUGAUUCCCAACAUAUCACAUCGCAAACACCUUCUGAAAACGCCACAGAGAACAGUAAUACCAAUGAUGGUAAUCCUUCACAGAAUCAUUCUCCAACAGAGACGAGUACACUUACCACCCCUAAUCCCACAAGGCAAUCUGCUGCAGCUCCAGGUACGUCUGGCACUGGAGGUUCAGAAGAGAAUGGAAAUGCUGAUUCAAUGGCCACCACCAAAACCAACAGUGAAGCACCAAUAACUCCAUCUCCUCAAGCCAACGCUGAGAUCAGCCGCACUCCUACAGAAGCGCCAACUACAAACAUUACCAUUCCAUCUCUUGUACCCAACGCAGAAAUUAACACCAUCGUUCCAACUCUACAGAAGAAGACUAAUGCUGACAGCAGUGUCAGUUCUGUGUGGAUGCGCACUGCAGCACCGCUGUUGAUUGUGGUUGUGUUGUUCUCCGUUGUGGUGUACUGA